AUGGUCUAUGACCACACACAGCAAAAGAACCACGUUUUCGUCUUUGACAACGCAAGGGAGGUGCACGUUCGCCAGUGUAUUGCUGACGCGGCGGAACGCAUGUACGUGGAGGCCACGGAGGAGAUGAAGGACUUUGUUGUCGACGAAUUGGACUGGGGUCCUAAUGACAUGCACAUUUUCUCCGAGUCUGGCUGCAAGCUCAUUUACGAGAAGGUGGGCUUCUACCUGCAGCAUUCCGGUCUAACCAAAGAACCUGGUGAUGAUAAUUCCAUUCAGAAAGAUGAUCAUGCGCCCUAA